UAGAAUUUAUGAUGGAAAAGAAACAAUUGCGAGCGAUAUUCUUGUACGAGUUCAAACUAGGCCAUAAAGCAGCAGAGGCUACUCGUAACAUCAACAGCGCAUUCGGCCAGGGAACCGCAAACGAACGUACGAUGCAACGUUGGUUUCAAAAAUUUCAGAAUGGAGAUGAGAGCCUUGAAGAUGAAGAAGGUCGUGGACGUCCAUCGAUAGUUGACAACGACGAAUUAAAGGUGUUGGUCGAGGCAGAUCCGCGCAUAACGAUUCGAGAGCUUGCUGUAAAGUUAGACGUAAGUCAUCCAACAGUUCUGGAUCACCUCAGACAACUUGGAAAAUCAAAAAAGCUCGACAAAUGGGUGCCGCAUGAAUUGAAUGAAAAUUAAAAAAAUCGUCGUUAUGAAGUGUGCUCUGCGCUUCUUUUACGCAACAACAACGAUUCAUUCCUCGAUCGCAUUGUGACAUGCGAUGAAAAAUGGAUUCUAUACAACAACCGGCGGCGCUCAGCACAGUGGUUGAACCAUGGCGAAGCUCCACAACAUUUCCCAAAACCGAAGCUGCACCAAAGGAAGAUCAUGGUGACGGUUUGGUGGUCAUCAGCCGGUCUGAUACACUACAACUUCCUGAAUCCAGGCGAAACCAUCACGGCAGAGAAGUAUUGUCAAGAAAUCGACGAAAUGCACCGCAAACUGCAACGACUGCGCCCGGCAUUGGUUAAUAGAAAAGGUCCUAUUCUUCUUCACGAUAAUGCCCGGCCACACGUCGCACAAACGACGCUGCAGAAACUGAAUAAAUUAGGCUACGAAACUCUGACUCACCCGCCAUACUCGCCAGACCUCUCGCUAACAGACUACCACUUUUUUAAACACCUCGACCACUUCCUGCAAGAGGAAGUCUUCAACAACCACGGUGCUGUUGAAAGUGCCUUCCGAGAGUUCAUCGAUUCCAAGACGUUGGAAUUCUACGUUACCGAAAUAAAUAAACUUAUUUCUCGUUAG